UCCGAAAUGGGACUUUGAGCAUGCGACACCUGAUUUCACACGAUAAACGUCCAAUUAUUGUAACAGCCACGACAACGCCACGACUUUGUCUUUGUUGAAUCACAGUCACCAACAGAACAUCUCGCAUAUUCAACUCUGCAUCUGGACAAUUGAAACUAGAGGCGUCGCCAGCAACUCCCACCAAAACAACACCACCUCCCGCCGCGUCUGCGCUUCGGCGAGCGCAAGGUCAAGAUCCAACGAUGACCGAGUCCCGCAACUAUGGCACAUUUCCGUGGAUCCCUCUUCCAGAUCCUCGAAGACUGCGGAGUUACCUGAAUCGACUCCCGCUCGCGACUCGAGGUUUCCUCGCUGUCCUGACGAUUCUCUACGUCGUCAGUGUCAUCGUACCAGGGAUCAGACAGUGGGGCGCGUUGAUCCCGAUGGAGAUCGGGUUACAUACAUUAUACCGCCUCAACACCUACCCUCUCCUCCACUGGUCCAUCUUCCACUACCUCCUCAACACCAUCGCCUUCAUCCCCCUCCUCGAACGCUUCGAACUCGAACACGGCACGAUCGUCACCACAAUCCUCUUCACCGGUCCCUUCGGAUUACUGCCCGGCGGCAUCUACACCCUACUCGAGCGGUACAUUUUCCACUUCGAAGGCGCCGCCAUCGGUGCCAGCGUGUGGAUCUUCCUCCUCCUCUCCUCGGAGGCGAUGAAGAUGUACCGCAACAACCCCUACUUCAGCCUCGGCGAGAGCGUGCAGAUCCCCACCUGGACCAGCCCGCUGUUCCUGAUGCUGCUGAUCCACUUCCUGAUGCCGUACUCCUCGCUGCUGGGCCACCUGUGCGGCUCGGUCGUCGGCUACGCGUGGGGGCUGGGUUACAUCAAAUUCCUGGCCCCGCCGGACGGGAUCCUCAAGUGGAUCGAGGACAAAUUGAACCUCCUCGGCCGACUGCCGCAUUUCGUGAGCGUGGACCAGAAGACUUUCGGGCGCUAUGGCGUCUUGCCCACGACGAACGGGGGCGGUGGUGCUGCGGCGGCGGGGGGGAGGCCUGGGUUGAAUGGGCUUGCCGUGGGUCCCGUGGGGAGCACGCAGAGGUUAGGACCGUGAGAACCAAGAGAUUGUGGAUGGG